GUUUGGACAAAGCAUACGGCAACGAUGGAAGACGAGUACGAUGAUGAAACUGAGUUGGAUCAGCAAUAUCCACCGCUGCUCAAUCUGGGCUCAGCAGACGUCCUUGAGGCUGUGAUGAGAGCCAAGGACGGAGCACCAAACCAGUAUCAGAGUUUCUGGGAGAUGGAUGAGGAGGGUGUGGAGGAAGCCACGAAUGAUGAGAUACAGAAUAACCCCAAAGUCCGGAUUCUUUGGGCUGCAGAAAACAACGAGAGGGAGAUCGUAGAGACCAUGUUAGCCGAGGACCCUGAUUUGGUCAACGCUCGGGAUAGUGAUGACUAUACCCCUCUACACAGAGCAUCUUACAAUGGCCAUGAUGAUAUUGUUAGGCUUUUGUUGGCGCGAAAGGCAGAUGUGGAGGCCAGGACUAUCGAUGGAUGGCAGCCUCUACAUAGCGCAUCACGUUGGAAUCAGGCAGAGGUCGUUGCAACUCUCCUACAACAUGGGGCCCCUAUCAAUGCACAGACCAAUGGGGGACAGACGGCUCUCCAUCUUGCCUCCUCAGAGCGUGACAGUCGUGCCACCCUGGAGGUCCUUCUGACCAAUUGUAACAUUGAUGUCAGUAUUCGUAACCGAGUAGGGGAGACAGCAUAUGACAUCUGUCGUCGGACCAGCGAAAACUGUUCACUGUUCCAGAUCACGGAAGAUCACAUUAACUCUCUUCAAUGAUUGAUAAUGUGAUGUCUGUAGGAUUUCAAUUUUUUGUGCUUAAGUUAUGCCCCUUUGUAAGCAUGGUCGUUCAGCACUGUGUACAUGCAGACUUGCCCAAGACCUGAUAUAUGUAAACUAAUUUCAUAAGAAUAUUACAUCAAAAUAUAACAUUGCUUACAUUUGAUUAAGGGUAGGCUGCUUUUGAGUGAGGAAUUAAGAUUUGAAAUGUUCAGAAAGGCCAUUUUAAUAUGUACAGUGCUGAUCUUCUUGCCUUAAAGAUUCUAUUUAUAUGGCCAAGCACACUCUCUGACCAACAAGGGACAUGUAUGCAAUAUGGAACAUAUCAUCUGUGAUCUGUCUCACACCUUACAUUGGUUUAAACUUGUUAGUCUUAGUUAACCAACUGAACUAUUUUUUUCCUGGGACUCGUGUUUUGACACCUAGUUUUCUUAGCUCACUUGGUACAAAGAACCUAGAUGAUCUUAACUUGUACCCUGGUGUCUGUUGUAUGUCCAUUUAUCAACAAUUUUUUGAAACAACAGAAUUUUAACAACAGAAUUUUACCAAAUUACUUUGAAACAUCUUUCAGUGAGGGGGAUUCAAAAAUGUACAAAUGAUGGAGUGGUGGACUCCUUUUUUGGGGAGGAGGGCCUGAGGGACAGGACCAAACACAGUCCCUUGAAAAAAUUUAAGUUCCCCAUACCUUCAGUGUGGCAUUUCAGUGAGAUAGCACUAUAAAGUCGGCAUCAGAUCUGCACUAUCACAUGGAGACAAGCACACCA